GAUUAUGCCAGACGUGCAAGCCGUUGUGAAUGAUUUYGUUAUCAAGCUUAAGAAGCGUAAAAUCGAGGGCUCCCUGGCCACUGCGAAGCUUACAGCUGAAUUGCUUCGUUCAGUCAUUUCGCAGCAGCGAAUACCCUACACGAAUCAGGCUGCCGCUUUGAUUGAUGCUGUGAAAGCUGUUGGCGAGCAGCUGAUUGCUGCGAAUCCUGUUGAGCUUGCUGUGGGUAAUAUUGUGAGGCGUGUUUUGCACAUUAUUAGAGAGGAGGAUCUCUCUCUCACCACAGCUGCUAUUGCCGGGUUGAGCUUAUCAGCAGUUAGUGAUGAUGAGGAUGACAUUGAAAAAGAUGAUCGCCCGGCCCUGUCAGCCGCUGCUGUUGCAGCUGCUGCAAGAAGCACUCUGCGGCCACCUUCCUUGCAAACUCUUCUUGAGGACGUUCCUAACCAAACAUCUAUCCAUCAAACUUCAUCAUCUGGAGGUGAUUCAGAAGGAAAAAGCAAAUCUGCUGAUAAGAGUUCGAGGAGUCGGAAACUCAAGCACGAUGUAAUUGAAGCUGUUAAUGAACUCAUUCAAGAUAUUGCAACAUGUCACGAACAGAUUGCUGAGCAAGCAGUGGAACACAUCCAUCAAAAUGAGGUAAUAUUAACUCUCGGGAGUUCCAGAACAGUUUUGGAAUUUCUUUGUGCUGCUAAGGAGAAGAAGAGGUCCUUCCGGGUGUUUGUUGCUGAGGGUGCUCCGAGAUAUCAGGGUCAUCUUCUUGCUAAGGAGUUGGUUACAAGAGGUUUACAAACCACACUUAUUACUGAUUCUGCAGUUUUUGCCAUGAUCUCCCGGGUGAAUAUGGUUAUAGUUGGAGCUCAUGCUGUCAUGGCAAAUGGUGGUGUCAUGGCACCUGUUGGGUUGAAUAUGGUUGCCCUUGCAGCUAAAAGGCAUGCUGUUCCUUUUGUUGUACUAGCCGGUAGUCAUAAGUUAUGCCCUUUGUAUCCACACAAUCCUGAAGUUCUACUCAAUGAACUGAGAUCCCCAUCAGAGCUACUUGACUUUGGUGAAUUUUCAGAUUGCAUGGACUUUGGAACUAACACUGGUUCUCCUCUUCUCCAUGUAGUCAACCCAACAUUUGACUAUGUGCCACCAUCGCUUGUUAGUUUAUUUAUUACUGACACAGGUGGCCAUAACUCAUCAUACAUGUAUCGGCUUAUUGCUGAUUACUAUUCAGCUGAUGAUUUGGUGGUUAAACGAAGGCCUCCUACAGGGAGCUGAUUGUUGUCCCUUAUUAUUCAUCACAUAUUUGGACCGCAGUUAGCAACAUGAGCGAACUGAUGAGAAGAAUCAUAAAUUCUAUCCUCUCCUCUCAACCAUGUAGAACCAUCAUCCUUGCUGCAAGAAAGCGUGAAGAAAAAGAACAGAAACAUUCAAAGUACGCUGAAUGGGAAGCUAAGGUUUUGGCAAUUUUGUGUUUAUUGCAAGUUUCUGGCUGGGCUGAAGGGUGUUGGUGCAGAAACAAUGAAAUUGGUGGUGUUUUUGUUGUUGUUGGUUGUUUGUUUUGCUGCCAAAGGCCAUUCAUUGUAUUCUGCAGCUCACUGCCAGAAUCAAUGAAUUACAGAUAAAUCAAGAGAUCCCUUUUUGCAGUUUGCACAGCAAACUAUGGUCUAUCUGUGAUACUUUUCUUUAUUUUCUUUUUAUUUUUUUCUGGAAGCAUUUUUCCAUGUGAGAAUUCUUGAAGAAAUGAGUUCUAGUUAGGCAAGAUCAAUAUGAAAAAAGUCCAUAUAUAGAUAAAAUGCCGCAUUCUUGUUA